CAAACACGAACGCGUAAUGGCGCCUUGGACAUUUUCUAAUAUCUAAUUUAUUUUUUAUAAGAACAGCAAUGAUUUCCACGACCCACGAAAACCUGACAUCGUAUGCAUAGCUCCUUUUCAACCUCACUUUCACGGCGCUACCCUAGGAGUCACGGAGAGAACGUAUUACAGUGGUGAGCCUCGCAUGAUGAGUUCGGAGGACAAUCUUAACGAUUUUAUGCCUAUUGAGCAUAAAGUAGAAUCGAAAGAGAAUUUCCAUGGCACCACUAUAGACGAUAUUGCAUCAACUACCGAGCGCAAUGAGACAAGCGGCGUCAUUGCACGCGCCUACCAGCGAGAGAUGCUGGAGAAGAGUUUGCAAGGAAAUACCAUAGUAGUGAUGUACACUGGAAGCGGUAAAACACAGGUCGCCAUUGAUCGAAUACGUUUGGAACUAGAACGAUGCGAAAAACACAAACUGGUUUGGUUUCUGGCACCAACAGUCCUUCUAUGUGGUCAACAGUUCAACGCCAUAAACCUUCAGAUGCCAUCCGUCUCUAUGAAGAUUCUCAGUAGUAUGGAGAACGUUCAUACCUGGGGACCUGACAUUUGGCGUGCUAUUCUCAAAGAUGUGCGUGUCAUAGUAUCUACAUUUCAAGUUUUAUACGACGCUCUGGCUCACGGCUUUGUCACCAUCGACCAACUUGCUCUCAUCAUCUUCGACGAAGUUCAUAACUGUGUUGGAAAGCACCCUGGAGGAAAAGUGAUGGCAGACUUCUACCACCCUGCGCUACAGUCUGGCCUCACGACGCCUGCCAUACUGGGUCUAACCGCAACACCUAUUAUGCAGUUUAAAAUGAGGAACCUUCAGGAACUGGAAGCUUUAAUGGAUUCCAGAUGCAUAACUCCUAGUCUUCAUCGGAGCGAGCUACUUGAGAGGGUUAAGAAGCCCCGUUUAUUGAUUUUCAGCUUUGAGUUACAAGAGACAGUGUACACCUCAGCCAUGCUUUCCAUGAAGGCGGAAUUGGAAAAUCUGGACAUUAUGAACGAUCCGAGGGUUAUAUCCCUUCAACGAGACCCAACAGACGCGAAUCGCCUGACGUUAGAAGAAGUCAUUUUUAAAAAGAAUACUUAUUCUAUGACAGAGCUUCGCGGGUUGAACAACCGCAGCUGUGAUAUCCAAAGCCAGCUCGGAUCCUGGGCGGCAGACUACUUUUUGCAUGAGGCAAUAUCCUCAUUCUUACACAGGUUUCACAGACAUGUGACAGAUCAGAAUGAUGCUUCUAGAGACGAAAGGCGAUAUGUCGCAGAUAAACUGAUGAAGGUUAACGUCUCGGAACCUCCAGUACGACCACAAAGCAGAAAAGACAUAUCCCAAAAAGUUAUUUUGCUGUUAGAGGAACUUCUAAAUUGCGAGGAUGAUACGGUUGGUAUCAUAUUCGUCCGCGAAAGAGCGACGACCUCGGUCAUGGCUGCGCUGCUAUCAUCAUUCCCUCAGAUUCGAAAACGGUAUUCAAUUGGCUCCAUCAUCGGAACGUCCAACUUUGGCAAUCAGCAUAUUUAUGACUUGUCGCAUGUAAACGACGUCAAAGUAUUGCAACGGUUUCGCGCUGGAGAGAUAAACUUGCUCAUUGCAACGUCGGUUUUGGAAGAGGGCAUCGACGUUCCUGCGUGUAACUUGGUAGUCUGCUUCGAUUUUCCAGCUACCCCAAAAGCUUUCAUUCAGCGAAGAGGAAGAGCGCGAAUGAACGACUCGAAAAUUUUGAUGUUUACAGAGCAAUCGGAACAGAAAGUCAAGCAGUGGCAAAGUCUAGAAGAGGAGAUGAACGAGCUGUAUCAAGAUGACCAACGAGAAAGACGGCAGCUGGAAGACUUGGAGAGCAAAAGUGAUGGCGUGCAAAACUACUACGAGGUGCCAACCACAAAAGCACGCCUUGACUAUGAUAACGCAAAGCAGCACUUGGAUCACUUUUGCAGCUCUCUGGCGCCCAAGCAUCUCUCAGAUAAUCGACCACAGUACGUUAUGGAGCGACAUGCACUUAGCGUGAAAGCAAGGGUUAUCUUGCCCAACUUUGUUCCUCAUGAGUUGCGUCAAACAUACGGAAAACUGUUUUGGACUUCUGAAAAGCAGGCCACUAAGGAUGCAGCUUUUCACGCAUUAAUUGGCCUCCACAAAGCAGGCCUGAUCAAUGGCCAUUUGCUCCCCCAUAGUCCAAAUGACUUGAUCAAAUGUGAAAUGCGCGAAUCCGUUAUCAGUGUUCUACCUCUGAUGAAGCCUUGGCCAAUAGUAGCAAAAGCAUGGAAGGAAUCUUGCGAACGUUGGGUCUACCAAGUUGAUUGGUACGAGGAUGGCAUUUGGGCUGGAAAGUACCAACUAACUUUGCCAGCUUUCAUGGAACAUAUACCUGACAUUACCUUUUAUCCAGAUUAUGGGCUAACCUCAAAAUUAGUCUUCAGCAACCCUCGAGGCGUUUCGAAAGAUGAAUCAGAUGCAAUGGCGGAUGACACACCGAUGCUUGUGGCACUUAAUUUUGGCCAUCGGUGGACGCUUGAGGAUAUUCCACAAGUCAUACAGCUUUCGAUUCCUGAAGAACGAUUCUCUUUGUCAGAUAUUGGAAACGUGCCAUGCGACUCUGACAAUGUCGAUAUAAGGUCAGGUAGCUUCCUCAUCAGAGACAGUUCCGGAAGCCCUUGCACAUAUGUUGGGACCCUAUCCGAGAAGCCACCUAUGUCCGACGUACAAAAGCCUUUUCAUGAGUAUGGUGAAGCUCCGGAAGGAAUACCUUAUGUUAUUCUUAAAAAGUGGCCGCGGCGGACCGAUAUGCUGCAUAGUUUAAAGGCUGAUCCAGAGAAUGACGCAAAGUCGGAGAAGCCAUAUCAGAGGGUGCUGCCGUUGUCUUGGGCUGUCAUGGACUCUGUUCCGAUCCGUCAUGCGCGGUUCGGGAAGCUGAUACCGUCACUCAUACACACCCUAGGAACACAGCUGAUUGCAAUGACGCUUUCUGGUUCUUUGAGGUCAUCUUUUCAUCUAUCUGAUACCCCCCGGGUUAGAGAAGCCAUCUGUGCCAGAAGUGCAAACGAGGCGUGUGAUUAUGAAAGGCUGGAGUUUUUAGGUGACGCCAUUCUUAAAUACUGUGCUACAAUCCAAGCAGCAUCUGCCAAUUUAAAAUGGCCAGAAGGGUAUCUGUCAGCAUAUAAGGAUGGUCUUGUAUCAAACUCACGCCUUUGCCGAGCGGCCGUUCAAACUCAUCUUGCGCAAUAUAUAAUUGCCAAGCCAUUCACCGGGGACAAAUGGCGGCCACUGUAUGUGGAGCACUUACUCAAAGAGGUAGAAAUACCAGAACAUUCAAGGCAGCUAUCCACAAAAGUACUAGCUGAUGUUAUUGAAUCGCUUAUUGGCGUCUCGUACCUCGAAGGCGGGGUUUCCACGGCUCUUAAAUGCAUCUCCUACUUUAUCUCUGAUUCGACUUGGGACGGUGUCCAAAGGGGUAGAGAGAUAAUGUACAACGCGGCCCGUGACGACGUUGUUUUAUCGCCCCUAUAUGAAAAUCUCCAAUCGAUUCUCGACUACACCUUCAAAAAGCCAGCCCUUCUUAUGGAAGCCCUGACUCACGCAUCGCACGGAGCGGAUGCUAAGAGUCGCUCCUAUGACCGCCUGGAGUUUCUCGGGGAUGCGAUCCUGGACAAGCUGAUUGUGACGCGGUUGUUCGAUGUCCGCCCACCGCUAAAGAAUAGCCAAAUGCACAGCUUGAAAACAGCUAUGGUGAAUAAAGACUUUCUCGCUUUUAUCAUUCUUGGUGAGCACGAAAGUCAAGAAAGCGACGUGACAGUCGUCAAUGGAAGUGAUGGACAGCCGGAGAUUGUCGAAAUCACAAAGACAACAUCGAUCUGGACAUAUAUGCGUCACAGUUCCAUGUCAAUUGGCUGUGAGCAAGCGGCAGCAAAGGAACGGUAUCUGAACCUAAAAGAUAGUAUAACGAAGGAGCUCUCCUAUGGUGGCCGAUUCCCAUGGCCGCUCUUGGCACGGGUACACGCGCCAAAGUACAUGUCCGACCUUUUUGAAUCUUUGCUUGGCGCGAUUUGGGUAGACUCCGAUUCUUUGGACCCUUGCAAAGCAAUGGUGGAGAGACUUGGUAUAAUGAAGCACUUGGAUAGAAUGGUUGCGGACGAAGUGCGGAUGCUGCACCCCAAGGAAGAAUACGCUAUCGUUUCAGGAAGUGAGCGCGGGAGAUACAACACGACACUUGUGGACUCUAUGGGUGAUGAGAAGGAGUAUGCUUGUGAGUUGUAUCUAGGGGAGCGACUGGUAGUGGAAGUUCAAGGCGGUGUGAGCAGAGAAGAGGCUGAAGCUACCGCGGCGGCUUUGGCCAUUGAUAUAUUAGAGCAAGAGAGGAACGCGGUGAUGGAUAUAUCCUCAGAAUAACGACUAACGAUAAAGAAACAGGUCCUUAUAUUGCAAUUGAACUCCAUUUUUAGUACAUACGACCGUGGAUUUAAGAGUGUUAUAUCCCCUAUGGUAGUUCCUGUACGUCCAAGGUAAGUUGAGGCCGUCUUUGGUGGGUGUGCGAUAUCCAACCCAUUCCAAUUUGCCAGAUUUCUGUUCUCGGGUCAAAUGGCUAUUGUAAAUAUCUCUGUAUCAGCGUGAAAUUAGAUAACGGAACGGAUCGUCGUCCUUUUUCGAUAAUUUGGAUAAGCAUGUCCUUAUCAUGUUGUGUUACGGCAGAUUUGCAUGCUUGUCGGAGGGGGUUAAGGGUGUAAGCCACAUAGUUUGGCUUUGUCGUAAAGUUCAUACCACCAAUACACUCAAUAAUGCGCCUGACAGACGCUUGGAUAGCCCUGGUGAGCGGCUUCUCCGCGGUGUGUACACAUAGGUGUAGCUGUAGUAGCGCUGUAUGGUGAUACGCUUCGUCGAGCAGCCAAAGGUCUUGAUUCGCUUGGGCGGAGAGAUAUGGGUUAGAAAUAAUAGUCCACGUACGCCGGUGUAGCAGCACGUUUAUAAAUUUAACCAGCCGAAUAUAACUGAUGUAUACGGGGCUGGAUAUGUCGUGUAUGAGAGUCGGAUCGGCUUUGUGUUUCCGGUAAAAUUCGCGAAUAAGUUCCAGAACUGGACUUAGUGCCACAGAGAUCCCUGUAAGAUGACAGAUAUGAUUGACAAAGGUCAUUGGAUAGUUCUCCCUCUUGGCAUUGAUGUCGCCUGAGUCGCUGUUAAAUGUUAUCAACUUGUACCCGUGACACCAGCGCGCAAGGCAUUCCGAUUCAGUUGUGACAGGGUAUUUUUCGAGGUACUCUCGCAAGGCAAGCGCACCGUCUAGAUAAAUGUGCCAGUUUUUAGGAGCCUUCAAUGCGAACAUGUUGGCAAGUGACAGCAACAGACUCGCUGCCAGGGAAGCCACAGCUGUGUCAGCAUCCGGUGGUUUAUUGAGGCUCUCCCUGAGCCAGUGAAUAGCCUUGAGGCUCAACUUGGUAGCUUCUUCCUCGUCUUUCAAAUCUUUGCUAGUUGAUGCUCGGUAUGAUAGCGCCAGUGUAAGGAGAGCAGCAAGGGUAGGCUGGCUGCUAUGCGCUAUUGGCAGCACGGCUGCACAGAACUCCUGUUGCCCGUAUGUAGUGGUACAGAGGGACAGGGUUAGCUCAUGUUGAAAGUAGUAGAGCAAGCUCCUGUGCUGUGGUGAGAUGUGAACAACGGUCGGCUCCGUAGGGUUAGGCUGCAAGAACGUGUUGAUGAAUAGCUCCAGUUGUGCCAAUUCUUCAAGUACGAUCUGUGUUGCUCCAUCAAGUGGCUUCUCAUUGCCUUUGACCGCCAAAGUGACAUUGUCACCAUUAUCGUUGGAAGCGUCACUUCUGAUCACAUCGCUUGGGCGAACGGUGUUUGUUAAGGUAUCAGUGCUGGGGUUGCACUGCUGCUGGCUCUCCUGUGCGUGAGUUCGCCGAUUUGAUUUGCAGAUUAGCCUACCGGUACUGACGGAAGUAGGAA